UAUUUAUCCACUUUUUCCCCAUAAAAAAGGCUCAAUUUCUUCAUCUUCUUCUUCAUCGUCAUCCUUCUGUAAAUGGCAAGAUCUCUCUCCCAAACCCUAACCCUAACUCGUCACCUUUCCCCCAAAUCCCCUCAGCCAUCGUGUUCCUCCAUCCUCCUCGCUCAUCGCACCCAAUCCAGUCUGCCCUCUCACACCAACGAUCUCGCCGAUCUAACCGACGCCGCAUCUUCUUCCUCCGAUCCCCUUCUCCGGAAGCUCGAAGACGCCAUCCACCGUAUUAUCGUGCGCCGAUCCGCCCCCGAUUGGCUCCCCUUCGUUCCCGGAUCAUCGUACUGGGUCCCUCCCCCGCUCUCCCGUAACUACGGCCUCACCCAGCUGGUUGAGAAGCUAGCUAAUCCCUUGACCGAGGAGGAGUCCAUGUCCACCACCACUGUUAGGGGUUGGCCUUCUUCGGAUUAUUUCAUUCAAGGUGCAUCCCCUCAUCAGAUAGAGUCAGUAGAGGAAAAUUCCAAUAAACUUUCUAAAUCAGAGAACGAUUAAUAAGGAUAUGAGCCUUGUCUUUCCUAAACUUGGCAUCUGGGGCUUAUCCAGACAGACAGAUUUGUAAAUUAAUGUAGAACAAGGCUAAGAAAAGAAGAAAGAAAAAAGAGAAUCUAAAGAUCCGUUUUUGAGAUGAGGGAAUUUUCAAUCAAAAGGAUCUAUCUGUACAGAUGCAACCUGGUCGGUUAAGCAUGAAUAAUAAUGGUUUUUAUUUGAAUGUAUUUUAUGCUUUUAUAAAAAAUAAAAAAAAUAGUGAGCCAAGAAAAUGUUUGCUUUCAGUUAUAUAUUUUUAUAUGUAUUAUUAUAAACUCUUCCCCUUUAAGGUUGAUUCUUAUAUAUAAUUUUUCAGUCCGCCCUA